AUGAUAUUAAUAUCUGAGACGAUGUUUGAACGUGUGACUGGAUUGCUUGGAUCUCUUUCAAUCCUUCCACAAAAGGAGCAACCAAAAGAAACUAUACGUAGACAAAGCAGCAUGACAGAUGUGAAACUAAGGAGUUCUGAAAGUAUGAGCAACUUACCAAAGCUCAGAAGAAAUGCAUCUACUUCAUCCGAUAUGAGUAGCCUGGCAUCGCAAGGUCCUUCAACUAAUACAGCUCCUCUCAGACGUGCUAGCAGCUGGACUUUUGAUGAGAAAAUUUUAGUACAAGCACUGUACAAGGUUCUGCAUUCAGUCUCUAAAAAGUAUCCAAUUGUACUCUACAUAAGAGAUGUUGAGAAGUUUCUUCACAAGUCCCCAAAAAUGUAUCUUCUGUUUGAAAAAUUACUAAACAAGCUUGAAGGGCCAGUGCUUGUCCUCGGAUCAAGGAUUGUAGAGAUGGACGUUGAUGAGGAGUUGGACGACAGGCUUACUGUUUUAUUCCCGUAUAAUAUUGAAAUCAAGCCACCUGAAAACGAAAAUCACCUUGUAAGUUGGAACUCGCAAUUAGAAGAAGACAUGAAGAUGAUUCAGUUUCAAGAUAACCGGAAUCAUAUUUUGGAAGUCCUUGCAGAAAAUGACCUCGAGUGUGAUGACUUAGGCUCGAUAUGCCUAUCUGAUACAAUAGGCCUUAGUAAGUAUAUAGAGGAGAUUGUGGUAUCUGCAGUUUCAUAUCACUUGAUGAAUAACAGAGAGCCGGAGUACCGAAAUGGAAAAUUAGUUAUAUCUGCAAAGAGCUUGUCUCAUGCAUUGGAAAUUUUUCAAGAGAACAAGAUGAGUGAUAAGGACAGCUUGAAGCUGGAAGUGACUGCUGAUGCCUUGAAGGCUGCUGAAAAAGGAACUGCUCCAACUGCUGCAAAAUCAGAAACAAAACCUGCAACUUUGCUGCCACCAGUACGCCCUCCUGCUGCCGCUUCUGCUGCCCCUGCUGCUGCUGCUGCUGCUGCUGCUCCUCCUGCAGUUGAGAGCAAACCAGCACCAGAGAAGAAGGAUAGUCCACCUCCAGCUGCAAAAGCACCGGAAGUGCCACCAGAUAAUGAGUUUGAAAAGCGUAUUAGACCGGAAGUUAUACCUGCUAAUGAAAUUGGAGUCUCAUUUGAUGAUAUCGGUGCCUUGGAUGAUAUCAAAGAAUCCCUUCAUGAACUUGUCAUGCUGCCUCUUCGACGGCCUGACCUCUUCAAAGGAGGUCUUCUUAAGCCUUGCAGAGGUAUAUUACUUUUCGGCCCUCCGGGAACUGGAAAGACAAUGCUGGCCAAGGCUAUAGCAAAUGAAGCUCAAGCAAGUUUUAUAAAUGUCUCGAUGUCAACUAUCACGUCAAAGUGGUUUGGGGAAGAUGAAAAGAAUGUCCGCGCAUUGUUCACAUUAGCUGCCAAAGUAUCGCCAACUAUCAUUUUUGUUGACGAAGUUGAUAGCAUGCUUGGGCAGCGGAACAGAGCUGGGGAGCAUGAAGCAAUGAGGAAGAUCAAGAAUGAGUUCAUGACACACUGGGAUGGACUCUUGUCAAGACCAGAUCAGAGAAUUCUUGUUCUUGCUGCAACUAACCGGCCUUUCGAUCUUGAUGAGGCUAUCAUUCGUAGGUUCGAGAGGAGAAUCAUGGUGGGUCUGCCAUCAAUGGAAAGUCGGGAACUGAUUAUGAGGCGGCUUUUGUCAAAGGAGAAAGUUGAUGAAGGGCUGGACUUUAAGGAGCUAGCAACUAUGACAGAAGGAUAUAGUGGCAGUGAUCUUAAGAAUCUAUGCACCACGGCAGCGUAUCGCCCUGUGAGGGAGCUGAUACAGAAGGAAAGAAAGAAGGAGCUGGAGAAGCUGAAGCGUGAAAAAGGAGGAGCUCCGUCGGAUUCUACAAAGAAGAAAGAAAAGGAGGAGCCAAUCAUUCUAAGGCCACUAAACAUGACAGAUUUGAAGGAAGCAAAGAACCAGGUGGCUGCAAGUUUCGCUGCCGAGGGCGCCAUAAUGGGUGAGCUGAGGCAAUGGAACGAGCUGUACGGCGAAGGCGGUUCCAGAAAGAAGCAGCAAUUGACAUACUUCCUUUGAGCAAUCUGAAUGCCACACGCAGAAUGUAUGGACAUAAUUUGAAAGAGUAGUAGAGUAGAGACACAAAACAGCCGUGACGAAAUAGGCCGAACAUGUAUAACAACAUGAGGAGAAAUGGGGGAGUGUUAGGGGACACAAGAAAUGAGGCUGUAAAAGCCGGUUUCUGUUGUAGAACAAGGAAGGAAGAACAGUUCUAUCUCCACCUUAAAUUCCUGUUUGCUUGUGCUGUUUGUUGUAUUACACCAAAUAAUGUAAUCUGCGGCGCAGAUUGUUCCUCUUUUUUUUCUUUCUUUGUAUUUGCCUGGUCACAUAACGAUUUUA